AUGUUUCUAAUUGGUCUCAGUGGGGGGAUCGGCUCCGGCAAGAGCACAGUGUCUAACUUUUUACGUAACAGUGGCAUUCCCGUGAUUGACGCUGACCAAAUUGCUCGUGAAGUUGUGAAGCAAAACAGCAAAUGCUAUUUCCUCAUUCGUAAACACUUUGGGCCGGAAGUGAUCAACGAUGCGGACGGAGAAAUAAACCGUCCAUAUUUGGCGCAGAUCAUUUUUAACGAUCCUGAGAAGCGCAAACUUCUAAACAGCAUCACUCAUCCUGAAGUUCAAAAGCGCACCUUUCUGCAAAUACUCUACUACUUUAUUACAUUUAGCCCUUUUGUGGUGCUGGACAUUCCAUUACUCUUUGAAAGUAGCAUCUACAAGCCGUACAUGAGCUACACCAUCCUGGUCACGUGCACACCUGAACAACAGAAGGAGCGAAUUAAAAAACGCAAUGGGUACACUGAUGAAGAAGCAUCUUCCCGCAUUUCGGCUCAAAUGCCCAUUGAAGAAAAGCGUCAAUUGGCUGACAUUAUCAUUGACAACAGCGGUGAUCUGGAGGCAACUAUUGAGAAGACCAAGGCGGUUUUUCGAGAUCUCCGAUUUCCGCUCACAUUUUGGAUUUUUCGCUUUCUCCUAAUUGGCCUCACACUCAUUCCCACUGUGAUUUUACUAAAGCUAUUGUAG